UAUGGAUACCGAGCUGAACAAUCUCCAGCAAUGCCAGCUAUUAGGCGUUGGACCGAAACCUGGAGUGAUGGACCACGCCGUAGUUCUUUGUAUCGCCGAGACACCCAAGGAAUACCUCCGCGUGUACAGUAUACAAAAUUAGUUAGAGAACAAGAACCAAAGUCAGAUCCUCUUAUAACAAUCAGCGAAACUUUGGGAGCUCUUAAUACUGUUGGAAAUUUUAUUGUUAACAUGACUCGUGGUGUUGAUAAUUCAGACAAUCCAUCGAAAGAAUUACCAUCUGCUAUUUACACUAUUUCUAAAAACAUUUUAGGUCGAAAUGUAACAGACAGUAUAGUACCGUUGGUACGCGGAGUUACUCUACCUCUUCGUCCUUCCAGUUCUUCUUCUCCUUCUUCAUCAGCAUCAUCAUCAUCAUCAUCAUCAUCAUCAUCAUCAUCAUCAUCUUUGACAUUAGAUAAAGAAUCAGCGUCAUCAUCAUCGUGUACAACUGCUGAGGGUGGUCCAGGUAAAUGUCAGGAUCUCAGUAAUUGCCCUCAUCUUCUUUUGAAUCUCACAAAACUACGCCAGUCAUUAUGCUUCAAAAGUCUCUUUGUGCCUGGUGUUUGUUGUCCGUUCGACAGAACUGAUUUGCCGCCAACUAUUUUAAGUUCACCAACUAGUGAAAGUGGACGACCACCGAGACCUCCUUAUCGUCCAUCAAAGCCAGUGACACCAAGGCCUAUUCCACUAUAUCCAAUAUCACAACCAUCUCCAUCAUCUUCAACUUCUAGUCCUAGUACAAUCUUAAAACCAUUACCCGAUUUAUCAAGCAACAGUUCUUCAAAUAACGUUGAAACAGUAGAUACAAUUGAAAAUAAUUUCAUUCAAGAUGACGAAGAAUGUGGAGUAAGGAAUUCGGGAAAGUAUCGUGUUGUUGGUGGCGAAGAGGCUUUACCAGGUCGUUGGCCCUGGAUGGCCGCAAUAUUUCUUCAUGGUUCUCGACGAACUGAAUUCUGGUGUGGUGGUUCUCUCAUCGGACCAAAACAUAUUCUUACGGCAGCUCAUUGCACCCGAGAUCAACGACAGCGACCUUUUGCAGCUCGGCAAUUUACGGUACGUCUUGGUGACAUUGACCUUGAACGAGACGACGAGCCGUCCUCGCCUGAGACUUACACAGUCAAGGCCGUACAUGCACACAAUAAAUUCUCACGAGUUGGAUUCUACAAUGAUAUUGCUAUUCUUGAGCUCACCAGGCCUGUGAGAAAAUCUCCUUACGUCAUACCAAUUUGUCUGCCUCAGGGUCGGUACCAGAGUGAAACAUUUCAGGGCGCAAGACCAACAGUCGUUGGCUGGGGCACCACAUAUUAUGGUGGAAAGGAGAGCACAGUUCAACGUCAGGCUGUUUUGCCAGUUUGGAGGAACGAGGACUGUAAUGAUGUUUACUUUCAACCAAUAACUGGAACCUUCCUUUGUGCUGGAUAUAGUCAAGGAGGGAAAGAUGCAUGUCAGGGUGAUUCUGGGGGACCAUUGAUGCUACGAGCUGAGGGUAAAUGGAUGCAAAUUGGCAUUGUUUCAUUUGGUAAUAAAUGUGGCGAACCUGGUUAUCCUGGUGUUUAUACACGAGUCACUGAGUAUAUCGAUUGGAUUAAAGAUAACGUUUAACUUAAUUUUUAUUUAUUACCCAUCUAAUUGAAACAUUCCAACAAUUGUCGUUGGUGUAAUUCAGGGAUCCCCCACGGUUUUAAUACGAUAAUACACAUACCAUAUCUAGUAUUAUUUAAAUUAUUAACCGUGAUUUGUACAUAUAUAUAUUUUAUUUUCAAUACUGUGCUUUUAUUUUUUUAAUGUGCUUAAUCAUCAAUAUGAUGGACAUCAUAUGUUUGUUUUAUAAUUAAAUGUAAGUUAUUUAAUGUACAUUAAAGUAAUUGUUAUAAAGUAGAAUUUGAUAAUUAAAAAAAAAAAUACGACAUUC